AAAAUUGUGGGAAUUCAUCGCCAGCGGGGAUCUUUAUCACCCCCGAUUAUCGCAUCUAUAGCCCCUGCUCUGAUUCAAGAUGCGUCGUGGGGGCAGGCCGACGCUGAGGCAGGGCCUCGACAAGGAUAUCUACCAGAUCGUGCGCAAAAUCAUUGACGACAAUGCUGAGAAUGCCCAAUUCCGCCUGUCGGUCUCCAGCAUUUACGAUACCAUCAAGCGGUCCAAUUCCAGCCUGAACAGGAAGCCGAAGCGCAUUCUCGAAGACAGCAUCGAGCGCGUGGUGGAAGUGCUGAAAGCCGACGUCCUCGGGGAAGAUGAGAACGACUCCAUAGACGGCGACUUUGAAGGUCUGGAGGAGCCACCGGCACCGGAAUCGAACAGCCUCAACAAGAGCCUGGUUGGUAUGUGGAAUACAACCAACAGCUCGAAGCCCUCGAAACAGAGCGAAUCCAACACCGCCGAGUCAACAGCACCUCCUUCUACCUCCACGAAGAAACGGCACCAUGGUGGUGAAUCGCAGUCCUCCAAGCGCCGCAAGGCCGAGGCCGCAGUCGACCGUUCUCCCCCCACACAUAUCAGUCUGGCCGAUCUGGGUGGAUUGGACGAUGUCGUGCAGGAGCUCGGGGAUCUUGUCAUCCUGCCCAUGACACGCCCACAAGUCUACAUGUCGUCCAAUGUCCAGCCUCCUCGCGGUGUUCUGCUACAUGGUCCGCCAGGUUGCGGUAAAACCAUGAUCGCAAACGCAUUCGCCGCCGAGCUGGGCGUCCCCUUCAUCUCCAUAUCCGCUCCAUCCGUCAUCUCCGGCAUGUCAGGAGAGUCCGAGAAGGCUCUCCGCGAAUACUUCGAAGAAGCCAAGAGAAUCGCGCCCUGCUUAAUAUUCAUUGACGAAAUCGACGCUAUUACCCCCAAGCGUGAAAGCGCCCAACGAGAGAUGGAGAAGCGCAUCGUCGCCCAACUCCUCACCUGCAUGGACGACUUGGCCCUCGAAAAGACCGACGGAAAGCCCGUCAUCGUCCUGGCGGCCACCAAUCGUCCCGACAGCUUGGACGCAGCCCUGCGUCGCGGAGGUCGUUUCGACAAGGAAAUCAACAUGACCGUCCCCUCGGAGCCCGUCCGCGAGCAGAUCCUGCGCGCCCUCACCCGCAAGAUGCGUCUCGUCGAUGACCUCGACUUCAAGACCCUUGCCAAGCGUACCCCCGGCUUCGUCGGUGCUGAUCUGAACGACCUCGUUGCCACCGCCGGUGCCGCCGCCAUCAAACGCUACCUCGAACUCCUCAAGUCCAACAGCGGCGAGGAAAUGGAAAUGGAAAUCGAAGGCGAAGCCGACAUCAUCAGCCCUAAGGUCAAAGAACUCCGCCGCCUCAUCACCCACGCUAAAGAAACGCCCAUCGGCGACGAAACCCAAACUGUCCUCGUCUCCAACGCCGACUUCUUCACAGCUCUCCCUAAGAUCCAACCCUCCUCCAAGCGCGAAGGCUUCGCCACUAUCCCCGACACCACCUGGGCUGACAUCGGUGCCCUCGGCGGCAUUCGCGACGAACUGUCCACCGCCAUCGUCGAACCCAUCAAGAACCCCGAAAUCUACGCCAACGUUGGUAUCACCGCUCCCACCGGCGUCCUCCUCUGGGGUCCCCCCGGUUGCGGUAAAACGCUCCUCGCCAAAGCCGUGGCCAACGAGUCCCGCGCCAACUUCAUCAGCGUCAAGGGUCCCGAACUUCUCAACAAAUUCGUUGGUGAAUCCGAACGCGCCGUCCGCCAGGUCUUUGUUCGCGCCCGCUCCUCCGUUCCCUGCGUCAUCUUCUUCGAUGAACUCGACGCUCUCGUCCCCCGUCGUGACGAUACCCUCUCUGAAGCCUCCGCCCGCGUCGUUAACACCCUCCUUACUGAACUCGAUGGCCUCGGCAGCAGCCGUCAAGGCCUCUACGUCAUCGCGGCCACGAACCGGCCCGAUAUCAUCGACCCGGCUAUGCUGCGCCCCGGUCGUCUGGAGACCCUUCUCUUUGUUAACUUGCCCAGUCCGCUUGAACGUGUCGAGAUCCUGCAGACCCUCGUCAGGAACUUGCCUAUCGAGUUCAAUGAGGAUCUGCGCAGACUUGCCGAGGAGUGUGAGGGCUUCAGUGGUGCUGAUCUGGGCAGUUUGCUUCGUCGCGCUGGUUACUCGGCUAUUAAGAGACGGGACAGUAUCAAGUUCGAGGACUUUGUCGCUGCCAAGGCGUUCAUUCGGCCUAGUGUUACGGAUUUGAAGAAGUAUGAGAAGUUGAGGAGGGAUUGGAGUGGUGGUGUGGUGUAAAUAAUAAUAAUUAGAUUAUUCAGUCAGUGUUUUUUGGUGUGUGUACAUACAUCGAUGUACCUUCGGGAUUGUUUCUUUUACUUAUUAUCUCUUUUGUGCUGUUUCUUCAUUGUGUGCAUAUAGAGAAAGUGGAGGGAUCCAAAAAAAGAAGUGAUGAAUAAUGAUAGAUCUUUUGAGGGAUAUUCA